UAGACCCCCCUUUAUACAUGAAAUGAGAUACGAGGUCUUCCGAGAGGUGGCGCCUGUGGCCCGAAAAGCUAAACUCUCCUUUGACACACUCAAAUAUGAAGAUGUUUUAGGCGUUUGUUAAUAACACCAUUGUCGUUUAAAUCUAUUAUUUAAAAUGCUUGAUACUUUGCUACAUAAUUAGAUAUCCGUCGUAGCAAUCCUUUUCCAGUUAUCGCAAAUGGCUGUGAUUGGUCCAUCCUCAACAACGCAGAGAAAAGUAACAAAUACCACAUGUUUAUACCACAUCCUUAAGACGCGGUCAUGACACUUUUCAUCUGAAAAUUUAUAAUGAGAAAAGUACUUUCUUUGUACCAAUUUCAUUUAAAAAUAACAAGCGAGCAGUUAAAACAGAAUACUUAUUAUCUAUGCCCACCGAUACCAAUUAAAGACAACUUUCGGGCAGAUACGCGCACUUGUAUAAUAAAAAUCGACGUUGUACCUACAUUUUUUUUUUUCUGUGACUCACACGUGACAUCUUUUCCCUCAGUCUUGUGGAAGUGCAGGGGUUUUUUAUCUGCUCUGUAGUGACAGAUGAGGUGGUUGAAGUUGGCAGAAGGGGGAUCUAAAGCGUUUAUUCUAGAUUAUGAUCCCAUUAAAACGCAGGAAAUUAUCUCUAACUGUAAGCCAACAAAAUGACACCUGUAAAUUUCCCAAUGUUUCUAUAUUCAUCUUGGAGAGAAAGAUGGGAACAUCUAGAAGAGCAUUUCUUACACGAUUAGGACGGAGCAAAGGAUUUCUUAUUAAAGAAACCUACAGUUCCUCCAUCACACAUAUUGUGUCAGAAAACAACAGCGGAGAUGAAGUCCAGGCCUGGCUGGACAACCAAACAGGACAAGACACUUCCAGUUCUGUCUGUUUGUUGGACAUCAGGUGGUUUACGGAGAGCAUGGAGGCGGGACAUCCCGUUACAGUUCAGGAUAGACACACAUUACAGGUUAACCCAAAACCCAACAUAGACCCAGCUGCAAUGCUGAUGAAAAGUUACGCCUGUCAAAGACGAACACCUUUGAAACACCACAAUUAUUUUCUAACAGACGCUCUUGAAAUCUUGGCACAAAAUGCCGAAUAUAAUGACAAUGAAGGACGGAGCGUCGCUUUUAGACGGGCAGCUUCAGUCCUAAAGGCACUUCCCUAUCGAGUGAAGAGCAUGGAGGAUCUGAGGUCUUUGCCCUGCCUGGGGGACCAUUCACAGAGGGUUAUAAAGGAGAUUUUAGAAGAUGGAUCAUCAAGAGAAGUUGAGUCAACGAGACGAUCAGAGCAAUAUCAUGCCAUGAAGGCACUAACUGGUAUUUUUGGGGUGGGUGUGCGGACGGCAGAUCGCUGGUUUAGAGAGGGAUUGCGAUCUCCUGAUGAUUUGGUUCGCACAGGACAGCAGUUGAACCGUGCACAGCAAGCGGGAGUCCAGUAUUACGAUGACCUCCAGAAACCUGUCACUAAGGCGGAAGCUGAUGUCAUCAGUGAUAUUGUAGAGAAAGCUGUACACGCUGUGCUGCCCGGAGCAGAGAUCCAGCUCAUGGGAGGCUUCAGGAGGGGGAAAGAAGUCGGUCAUGAUGUGGACUUUCUCAUUACACAUCCAGAGGAAGGAAAAGAGGAAGGACUGAUGCCUAAAAUCACAAACUGGCUGGAGGAGCAGGGUUUACUGCUGUAUCAGAAGACGACCAGAAACUCUUAUCUGGAAAAAAUGGACGGUCCAGCUCGGGCACCUAGUAACAUGGAUCGCUUUGAGAGAUGCUUUUCCAUAUUUAAGCUUCAGGCAUCUGCUGAGAGCUGCAAAUCGAAUUCCACUGCUUCUGUUCAGGACGUCAGUACAGGAAGUGAAACUGAAAGACCCAGUGACCAACAUUCAGAAGCGUCGGACUGGAGAGCUGUACGGGUAGAUCUAGUGGUCAGUCCCUACAGCCAGUUUGCCUUCGCUACUCUCGGAUGGACUGGGUCUAAGCUGUUUGAGAGGGAGUUGAGACGGUGGGCGGGGCAAGAGAAGCACAUGUCUUUGAGCAGUCACGCCCUGUACGACAGCAAACAGAAUCUAUAUCUCAGAGCAAAGACGGAAGAGGAGAUUUUUGCCUACCUGGGUCUGGAGUUUAUUCCUCCAUCUGAACGCAAUGCCUGAAUCCAGUCUAUCAGACUACAAAUGUGCCAGUGCUUCCAUCACAGGGCCUUGUAUACUUUUUAUUUUAGCUGCCAGUUAUGAUCAAUCACAUUUCGCAUGUAAACAUUUAUAGGAUGUGAUGGAAAAGAAACUGCAAAUGUUUUGCAAGCAUCAGAUAUCAGUUUUCUCCAUGUUUUGCACUGUAGUCAGGUUUUAAUGUGGUUCUUUGUACUAAAUAAGGUAUAGUAAUGAGAAAAAGUAAUUCUCUUUUAUCAGAUACUUGAAUGUUUAUAAGAUGUUGUUCUUAUUUUAUUCUUUUUAAUUAAAUAUUUUAAUUAAAACUGAAAAUGUGUCACUAUAUAUUGUUUCCAUGUUAGCGCUGCAGUAAUUUGAAGUUGUCUUUGGAUAAAUGACCACUGGUGGUUUCUAUGUAAUAUCUUCUGGCACAUAUUGGUUUUGACUUGAUUUUAGUGUCUUAGCUGCUGGUGUUGAUUGUCUACAAUUUAUAUAUACUUUAAUUUUGAUAAAGUUGCAUAUACUAAGCAUAUAAAUGUUCUACUGACAUUUGUGGAGAUGUAUGGAAGCUCAGUUUUGUCAGAGAAUAUUUGAUGCAUGUCUGCGUAUCAUAUAUGCAGAUGUGUUUGUGGUUAGAUGACGCCUGGCAUUUUUCUAACCUCCUUUUUGUGCACCUGGUUCAUUUUGACCUGCUUUUCCCAACCGCCAAACAUCUUUACAUUCACAUUAUAUAUUUGACAAAUUUCUUGGGGGAAAACAGACUACAUAACUAAAAAAUAAACACACAUUAAAUACA